CUGAUAUAGUAGCUGACCGUCUCUCCUGUGGCCACAGUUCACUGAAGCUCCCAGUCAGUCAACAUGGGUUGGUGGACGCUACACAGCGUUUUAUUUCUCAUGUUUCUCUGCAGCUCCAAUGGACAGAUUGUCUCUCAUGGGAUACCCCCCUGGCGUGAGAGAUUUCCAAUAAGAGAGGAACUUUGGGUACGCCAUCAUCACAUACCACAGCCGAAGGCCACAGUUAGUUCUGCACCGAGGUUUACCUUGCUGGCUCCAGACCUGUUGAGGACAGACAGCCAGGAGAACAUCUAUUUACAGGCAGACGGUGUAUCCAACCCUGUCACCGCCUCCAUCUCCAUCCUGGAUUUCAGCAAAACCACCAUGCUCCUCCAGGACUCUGCCACACUCAAUUCGGAAAAUGGAUUCCAUGUGCUCAAGGCCAUACAGCUUCCCUCGGAUCGUUUGAAUCGAGAAGAGAAAAAGAACAAGUUUGUGUAUCUGAAGGUGAACUUUGGGGGCCACUACACUGAGGAGAGGGUACUGAUGGUGUCCUUUCACUCUGGAUACAUCUUCAUCCAGACAGACAAACCUGUCUAUAAUCCCGGAGACACUGUUCGGUUCAGAACCUUUGUGUCCUCACCGUCCUUCAAGGCCUUUAACAGCUCCGUCACUAUUGAUAUGCAGAAUCCAGACGGUGUGGUGGUUAAACAGACCACCAGGGUCAGAGCUGUCAAUGGCAUCUUUGCAGACACUUUUCCUCUCUCUGAACUUGUCAAUGAAGGAAAAUGGACAGUGACUGCAAAGUUUGACCACUGGCAGCAGAACACAUUCACCACCCAGUUUGAGGUGAAGAAAUAUGUGCUUCCUGCCUUCAAUGUUACCCUGACGCCCAAGAAGUCCUACCUUGACCUGGAUGACAAGGAACUGGAAGUAGAGAUUUCGGCUAGGUACCUGUAUGGGGAGCCAGUCCAGGGGACGGCUUAUGUGGUGUUUGGAGUAAAGAUCAACCAAGAGAUGAGAAGGCUGCCUUCAGUGAAGCAGGUGUCAGAUCUCGAUGGAGGAGUCGUCACACUAAGCAUGGACGAGAUCAAGAGAGCUUACCCCAACAUCAGAUCUUUGGUGGGCAACUCUGUGUAUGUGAAGGCCUCUGUGCUCACCAAGUCAGGCAGUGAUCUGGUUGAAUCAGAGAAGUCUGGAAUCAAAAUUGUGGAGUCUCCGUAUGUUGUAUCCUUCAGAGACAUGCCAAAGUACUUCAAGCCGGGCCUGCCGUUCGACUUCACAAUCCAGGUGAGCCACCAUGACGGUUCCCCGGCCCGUAACGUCUUGGUCAAAGUGACGCUGCUGGACAAGCCCCUGGUCGUCUUCAUGGGCACUGCCAGAGUCACCAUCAACAUGCCCGGUGCUCAACGGUCACAAACCAUCACUGCUGAAACCGUGCAGACUGACCUGAGACUAGAGCAGCAGGCCAAACAACAGACUGUUGUUCAUCCGUACGUUGCCUUUAACCAGCGCCGCCAAAACUACCUGUACAUCUCCACAGGGACCAACACGGUGUCUUUAGGAGACAGACUGUCCCUGAAACUCAGCAUCAAUGUUGAAGACGCGACGCACAGAUCAUUCAUUACACACAUCACCCACCUGGUGCUGAAUAAAGGUAAAAUCAUUUCUGCUGAGCGUGUGGAUGUGACGGGUCAGCUGGUCACCAGCAUCGGACUGACGGUCACCCCGGAGAUGAUGCCGUCAUUCCGUUUUGUGGCGUUCUACAGUAUUCCCUGGGCAGGGCGCGAGGAGGUGGUGUCAGACUCUAUCUGGGUGGAUGUGGCAGAUUCCUGUGUUGGAGGGCUGACAGUUGGGCCGGUGGAUGGCAAACAUCGAGACUACACACCUGGGAAGAGCUUUAGUUUCGAGGUCAAGGGUGAUCCGGGGGCAAAGGUCAGCCUGGUGGCUGUGGACAACGCUGUGUUUCUGCUGAACAGGGACAGACUUACACAGAGGAAGGUUUGGAGCACUGUGGAGCACGGAGACAUCGGCUGCACACGAGGGGGAGGCAGAGAUGCCACGACAGUGUUUUCAGACGCAGGACUGCUCUUCGCCUCCAGCACUGGGAUCAAAACCCAAACCAGACAAGCCCUGCAGUGUCCAGGCAGUGUCAGAAGGAGGCGUUCUGCUGAGCUGUUGCAGCGUAAAGCCCAGCUGGAGAGUCAUUACAAGGAGCAGCUGCAGCGUCGCUGCUGUAAGGACGGCCUCAGGGAGAUUCCCAUGCCGUACUCCUGCACGCGACGCUCCCUCUACAUCACAGAGGGCUGGGAGUGCAUCCGGGCCUUCCGCUACUGCUGUGCCACCUACAGGAACCAAGAGUUUAACACUGAGAUCCCCACCACCCCACCACCCUUCACCACAGUUGCCCCCACCACUUCCGCUCCAAUGAUACUCCCCUCCCAUCCUGGUUUAGUGGAUAUGGCUAGACAAGGAAAAUUGCAUCUAUCCCGGGAAAAAUUUAACUGGGGAGAACGUGGAUUCCCUGGACCACCUGGGCCACCUGGGUGGCCUGGAAUGCCUGGAAUGCCUGGACCACCUGGAAUGCCUGGACCACCUGGACCAGGCAUUUUCUAUACAACUGCAAACAAAGCAGAGCCAGAAGAAGAUAGGCCACUUUUAGGGGCUGAAGAUGGAAUGUGGGAGGAGGAAGAGGAGUAUCUGGAUGAAAGUGAUGUGUACCUGAGGUUCAAGUUCUUUGAGUCCUGGCUGUGGACGGAUGUUAACCUGCCGAGUGAGACAGACAAAGAUGGGUUUGCAUCUAAGAAUGUGGACAGUCCCUUACCUGACAGCAUCACAGAGUGGGGAGUUUUUGCCGUCAGUGCAUCACCUGAUACAGGUUUCUGUGUUGCCGAGCCGUACAACAUCAGAGCAUGGAAGCGUUUCUUCGUGGACCUGAAGCUGCCAUACUCGGUGGCGAGGAACGAACAGGUCGAGAUUAAAGCCGUAGUCCAUAACUACGGCUACGACGACCUGCAUGUGAGGGUGGUGCUGAUGAAGACAGAAGGCAUAUGCAGUAUUGCCUUCAAAGACAGACACACACAGGAAGUGACGCUGCCGGCCGGCUCUUCUGUCGUGGUGCCUUACACCAUCGUACCGCUUGUGGUGGGGAAACUUCCUCUGGAAGUGAUGGUGGUGGCCAGAGACAUGAUGGGAGGAGACCGCAUCAAGAAAGAACUACGGGUGGUGUUGGAUGGAGUGCAGAAGACUGAAGUCACGAGUGUGGUAUUAAACCCAUCUGCUGAGGGAGGAACACAGACAGUUAAUGUGGGCAAAAUCGAACUGGAGUCAGUUGUUCCGAACUCUGUGCCAGAGACGUUCAUCAAUGUCAGAGGUAAUGUGCUGGCAGACAGCAUUGAUAACUCCAUCAGUGAGGACUCUCUUGCCUCCCUGAUCCGGAUGCCUGGCGGCUGUGUGGAGCAGAACUUGGCCUCCAUAACUCUGCCGCUCAUCGCCACCCUCUACCUGGAGCGAACCAACAACUGGGAGAGUGUAGGGGUGCAGCGCAAGGCUGAGGCUCUGCGAUACAUCAGGAGAGGCUAUGAGAACCAGCUGGCAUACAGACGGAGUGAUGGCUCUUAUCCCCCCUACAGGAAGGAAGGCGCAAGUACAUGGAUCACGGCAUACGUGGUGAAAGUUUUCUCCAUGGCGCACUCCAUCGUUGGCAUCAAUGAGCAGCAAGUGUGUGAGCCUCUGCUCUACCUGGUGAAUAACAAGCUCCGACUGCCGAGGGCGUUCUUCGUAGAGGACAACCCAGUUUACAGCACCACCAUGACUGGCGGUUUCCAGGGUGGGCGAGGCGAUGACCCUGAGAUAACCCUGACAGCCUUCGUCCUCAUAGCACUUGCUGAGGCUAAACAAGCUGGAAUCAGCUGCAUGGGUCCAAGCACAGAGGUCCAUUUGCAUAGGGCAUUUUUACACCUGAAGAAAGCAGUGGCAAGGUCGGGGAGAAGACCGUACACUGUAGCCAUUGCCUCUUAUGCGCUGGCUCUGCAGGGGAAAGAUCAUUCCUCCAACCCCACAAGAUUUUUACUCAGAGUUGCAGCUCCAGGUGGCACUCACUGGCCUGACACGCAGAACCCCUUGUUCACCUUGGAGGCGACGGGCUACGCCCUGCUGGCUCUGGUCAAGUUAGGGCGCAUGGAGGAAGCUGAAGCGCCAUUUAAAUGGCUGAACAGCCAGCGGAGGCGAGGAGGAGGCUUCGGCUCCACUCAGUCCACCAUGGUGGUGCUCCAGGCACUGUCAGAGUACCUGAUCAACAAACCCCCUCCUGAUGACCUCAGUCUGGAUGUGGACAUCAGGAUAACAGGACGCAAGGAAAUCCGCCACCAUUUCAACCCCAACACGGCCUACGUUGCUCGCUCCUCCAGGCUGCCUACUGGUCUUGAUCUGGAAGUGCAGGCUAAAGGGAAUGGACAGGGAAUACUGGAGGUCGUAACCUAUUACAACCAGCUGCACGAGGUGGAUGAGAAAAGGCCCUGCAAAAACUUUGAGCUCAAUGUCACUAUCGAAGAAUCCAGCGAAAAGCCUCCAGCAGAUGUAGAAAAAUCCUACCAGAUCACCGUCAGCGUGAGGGCUUUAGGACCACGAGAUGUCAGGAUGGUGGUCCUGGAUAUAAGUCUGCCAACUGGCUUCACCCCAGAAAACUCUGACCUGGAGAUGUUGUCCAACUCAGUGGACCGUUACAUCAAUAACUUCCAAAUUGUUGAUAACCUGAGCGACAGAGGCUCUCUGAUCAUCCACCUGUUCAAGGUGUCUCACAAAGAGCCAGAGAUCCUGAUCUUCAGGCUUCAGCAGAGCUUCAAAGUCGGCCUCCUCCAGCCAUCCUCAGUUACUGUUUAUGAGUAUUACAACCCAGAUCACCGCUGCAGUCGCACCUACACUCCCACGGAGGACAAAGAGGAGCUCACGCAGAUCUGCAGGGACAACGUCUGCCGCUGCACUCAGGGUGACUGCUGCGUUUCCAAAACCGACAGUGAAAACUUCCCCAACAAAGAAAGAGAGAUGUUUGCCUGCAAUACUUUACACCACGUUUUCAAGGUGAAUGUACUCAGUGUCAGCAAGAGUUACUACGACAAAUAUGAGAUGGAGAUCACACAAGUUGUCAAGCUGGGUGUGGAGGCAGGAGUUGAAGUUGGCCAGAAGAGGAUUUUCAUGUCUCAUGGAGGCUGCAGAGAUGGACUCAACCUGAUGGAGGGCUCCCAAUACCUCAUCAUGGGCCCCAAAGAGGACCAGUGGAACACUGACACUGACACAAACACUUUAACCUACAUGUUGGGAAAGGACACCUGGGUGGAACGCUGGCCUACAUCUGCAGAGUGCUCCAACAACCCCAGCCUUCAAGCUAAAUGCAAGAACCUCAAGGACACUGCAUAUGAACUGUCUGUCAAUGGCUGCAGGCUGUAGAAGUGUCUAAGCACCAACUGAACACUGUUCUCCUGUGCAAUUUUGAUGUAAAGAUGGCAAAUUAGUGGGCACACAAAGAUUGAGUGGUAAUUUUAGGGUUAAAGCCUGUGCAAUGAGGACAUAAAAACAAGUUGUGUUUUCACUGCGGAAAAAAGAACUGAAAGCAGAGCUGGUUACAGCAGCAUGCCCAUCUCUACUGUGAUGUUAAAAUAAGAAUGAGGAAGAACUACAUCCUACUGGCAGCAACAGAGAACACUGUACCAUCUCCUCAAGGGUAUUAUAGUUUUUAUAGAAUGCUCAACACAAAACAAAAUUAUCAAACCGUCAAAUAUCCUACUGUAACAUGAGCUAACAUUACACAUAUUGUUGAUGAAGGGUUGUUAUUAGUAUAACACAUUGCAGCAAAAGGCAUCAUUCUACAUGCUCAUUAUAAUAAUGAUAUUAUAAUAAUUAAACUAAUAAAAAGGUUGAGAAAUGUUUUUUUUAAAUUUACAGGUCAGUCAGUUAAUGUUCUGUGUGUAGUUCAUACUGUUACAUUGUUGUUAGCCUGAAAGGUUAAAGGAGCAGUUCACCCCAAAAUCAAUAUUACAUAUUUUCCCUUUUACCUGUAGUGCUAUUUAUCAGUCUAGACUGUUUUGUUGUGAGUUUCUGAGUGUUGGAGAUAUUAGCUGUAGAGAUGUCUGCCUUUUCUUAAAUAUAAUGGAACUAGAUGGCACUCGGCUUGUGGUGCUCUAAGUGGCAAAAAUACAUUUGAAAACUCAACAGCAAUGGCUCUUUCCGGAAAUCAUGACACAGUUGUGCAAGAUAAUCCUCAGACCUUGUUGUGAGCAGUUUCAAAUAAGAACUAUUUUCUUUCUACCGGACAACAAAUGGUAUUACCAUGCAUCUACAGCUGGCUCAUCUAGCACCACUGAGCCAGUUAUGAGUAUGUCCAUGAGUAGAUGCAUGCCUCCUUAGUGAUACGGUUGGUGGGUACAAUUCAGUAAAAAGAAAAUAGUUCCUACAUGAAACUGCUCAGAACAAAGUCUGUGAAUUACCUUGAGAAACCUGGUCAUGAUUUCUGAAUAGAGACAUUGCUGCUGAGUUUUUAAAAUGUAUUUUUGGGGCUUUGAGCACCACAAACCAGGUGCCAUCUAGUUCCAUUUUAUUGGACAGAAGGCAGACAUUUCUUCAGCGGAUAUCUCAAACACUCUCCAUCCUAACCUAGAUUGAUAAAUAGCACUACAGGUAAAAGGAAAAAUAAGUAUAUUUGACUUUUAACUGCCCCUUUAAAACCCUAAUUCCUUCCACAUAUCUAUCAGUUUUAAAGGGUUAACUAUCUGCUGGGUGUUAAAACUGACAGUCAUCCAUCCGAAGAACAGGAGGUCAGUGACAGAAAAAGCAAAAUAAGUUUUCUUCCUUGAGUCUGUCCCUCUACUAUAAACACACAUCUGCAAAGCAUGUAGAAAAAAAUUGUGUUUACAAUAAACAGCAUUAGAUAUUUUACAUAUUGUUUUGGGGUAAUAUAUGCUGACUGUUAAUAACAAGCUGUACUCUGCACAGAUUUGUAAAUUUGAAUUGUUGUCAAAAAUGGAUGUCUCAAUGCUGUGUACUCAGAAUAUUAAAUAAAUGGUUACAUGCUAAAAUAAACAAACUACAUCAUAUAAA